AUGACCCACUCGGCCUCCAUGCCGGCUUCGCACAUGGGCCUCGCCGCCGCCGCCGGCAGCAUCGCCCCGCCGCCCGCGCCCGGCGCGCCCAGCGCCGGCGGCCGCGUCGGCCCCGCGCACGCGCGCAGCACGUCGAUGGGGAUGGUGUCGGUGGCGGGGUCGGAGGCGAGCGGCGCGGGCGGAAGCGGCGGCGUCGGUGGCAGCGGCGGGCCGGAGCUGCUGCGCAUGCUGGCGCUGUACGCUGACCUGGGGCUGGAGUACACGAUGACGGGCCCCGACUCGUCCAUCCUGGCCGAACUGAGGGGGCUCGCCAUCAAAGCCCAGGAGAGGACACUGGAAGACGACCGCCCCACCACCACCGCCAGCAUCACUACCCCCAUCCACUCCGCCGACCCCGCCGCCAUCCCGUCGCCCACCGAGGCGGCAGCCAUCGCCGACCCCGCCGCCGCAGCCGCAGCCGCCGCCGAGCUGCCGCAGCCGGCGGCGGGGCCCGGGUCGGAGGCAGCGGCGGUGGCGGUGGCGCGCGGACAGCAGGUGGCAAUCUCCAUCCUUGAGCCGUGUGACGUCACCGCCAGAUACCGCGUGAGCGAGACGCUGCAGGAUGUGAAACUGGAUAUUUCGGACGUCCAGCUGAGGAUGUCACCGGACGUCAUGGCGCUCAUCAUGCACCAGCUGGAGGCCGUCUACGCGCCGCUCGUCGUGCCGCCACCCGACCAGCCCCUCGCGCGCUGCCACACGUUCGAGCUCGUCUGGUCCAGCCGCGGCCUGGGCGGCGGGGGCGGCGCCGCGCCGCCGUUUGCGACGGCGGGGGCAGGGGGCGUUGACACCAUGAGCUCAGAGAAGGGGGUGUCGAUCUGGCGGCCGCAGGCGCCCACGGGCUACGCCAUUGCUGGCGACAUCGUAACGCCCGGCGUGGCCCACCCCAACCACCAGGUCGUCGCCAUAGCCAUUAACAGCGGCUUCGUCAGAUACCCUGUCUCAUACCAGCUCGUCUGGGAGGCACCAGGCGUGUCCGUCUGGCGCCCCGUCCCGCCGCCCGGCUACGUCGCCCUCGGCUGCGUCGCCGCGCCCGGCGCCGCGCCGCCGCCGCUCAAGGCCGCAGUCGUCGCGCACCGCCUGGCGGUCGUCGAGGCGCCGCUCGGCGAGUGCGCGCUGCUGUGCGCCAACGGGAACCUGUGGAGCGUCGCAAACAGC